GGGAGGCCGGACAACUCGAUGACACCAUUUGCACAACUUCUCCCUGCCAAGUCGGGGAAACAUGGCCGAGAGCCAGAAGAAAGGAGGUGGUUUUAAAAAGUUUUUUAAGCUCAAAGGGUUCGGGAGCCUCAGUAGCAUUCCUCGCAGCUUCGCCUUCCGCCGGGUCUCUGUUGCCCCCAGGCUCGCAGAGACCGGAGGGGAGCUGCUCUCCCCCAACGGCUUCCUAACACUCAGCUUUGAAAGCACGCAAGACGACUUGGGCGCUGGGCCCAAAAGCCCGUCACGUUAUGCCCGCUCCUGCAACAUGUUCAGCCACAUGGGCACCAUGCCCAGGGGCAGCUCAAGACAGAAGGUUGGGGCCCAGGGGCCAGACAAGGCUUUGGAGCCAACUUUGCCCAGCGCCCCUUCCCAGACAGGUUCUCCACCACCUGGAGAAGGGCCAGAACAAAAAGAGAAAGGAAGCAUCAACGUUGGUCCCAGCUGCUCCCAAAAGGUGACGCUUCAGGCUGAGAAUUCUUCCAAAUGCUUCCUUGAACCUGGAGAGAUUUCUAGCCUAGGAACCAAAGAGAAACCAAAGCAGAUUGAGUGGGAUGACCUUCAAAGAACAAGUGGACCCCUUGAGAGGGCACCAGAAGACCUAAAAGGCAUUCCCUCAGGUCCAUCUCACUAUGCCCAGUCUUGCAAUGCAUACAGCCACCUGGGCACCAUGCCGAGGGCCCGCACUGGGCAGUCAAAGAAGCCCAUCCAAGAGAUGCCUAAAAAAACUCAGCAAGACCUUGCCCAAGAUCUGCCUGCAAAAGCAAUCCUGUCUUGUGCAGAAACCGCAGAGAAAACUUCGGAAGAGCACCUAGAACAAGGGUAA